ACAACACCUUUCAGCUCAUAUCACUUGCAACAGCCGGUCAUAAACUCUAGUAGAUCACCGCAGCAAUGGCCUCCACCAACAGCUGGACCAUCGAGAUUGAGUCGCCGGUGGCCGCGCAUCGCCUGUUCCGUGCCGGCGUCAUGGACUGGCACACCCUUGCACCCAAGCUUGCUCCCCAGAUCGUGGACAGCGCCCACCCUGUCGAGGGAGAAGGCAGCAUCGGUAGCGUCAGGCAGUUCAACUUUACCUCAGCAAUGCCCUUUAGCUUCAUGAAGGAGAAGCUCGACUUUGUGGAUGCGGAGAAGUGCGAGUGCAAGUCAACCCUCAUCGAGGGUGGCGGCAUCGGCACGGCGAUUGAGACAGCCACGUCGCACAUCAAGGUGGAGACAACGGCCAGUGGUGGAAGUGUGGUGAAGGUGGAAUCAACUUACAAGCUGCUGCCGGACGUGGAAGUGAAGGACGAGAUCACCAAGGCCAAGGACUCCGUCACCAAAAUCUUCAAGGGCGCUGAGGCUUUCCUCAUGGCCAACCCUGAUGCCUACAACUAAAACAAUUCAAUGGGCCGAAGAGAUCCAUACAGUAUUAUGGUGUUUCCAUAUGUGUGUUUUGGUUCGCUCCAAAUAACUGCUCCCAGCCGUUACAGCAGAGCACUGGACAGGGUGUGUGUACUUGAGAUGAGAAGUUAAGA